UAUUUCUAUUUUUGAUUAAAAAUGGACAAAUUAAGGAGAGCUUUGAACGGUAAUGAACGAUGCGAUGAAGAAAGUGGUAUUAUAACCCAGGUUGAUGCAGAUUUCAUGGUUAUGGAUCAGACAACCUUAAGUUGGUCUACCAGGAUAAAAGGUUUUGCAAUUUGUUUCAUCGUUGGCAUAUUAUGUUCAUUCCUUGGAUCAUUUGCCUUGUUUUUACAGAAAGGUCUUACCGUAUUUGCUGUAUUUUAUACUUUAGGCAACAUUAUCUCUUUAGCCAGUACGUGUUUCUUGAUGGGUCCAUUUCAUCAGUUUAAGAAAAUGUUUGCAUCGACAAGAAUAAUUGCAACAAUAUUAGUAUUUGCAUCAAUUGCUUUGACACUUUUUGCAGCUUUACACAACAGUGUCAAAUUUAUUUUGAAACAUAAAAUACUUUGUGAUUUCUAAACCACAUGAUGUCGUGAAAAACGCGCACACGCGCCUCCCACACGUGCACAGGAAGAAAAAAGAGGGGAAAUAAGAUGUCAGUCAUGACUUUGAGUAACAUCUAGAAGGUUUCAGCCAUCAGUCGGACACAUUGAAAAGUGCAAAUGCCGGCAAACCAUUACUUUCGAACUUAAUAACUCGAAAUGUGCUUAACAAUAAAGUACUUUAUAAUAGCGUUUUGGAAAGAUUUUGAAAUAAGUUACAUGAAUACGUAAUAAUAAAU